AUGACUAUGAGGACAAACAUGAGUGAAAAGGUCUCAAUCCAAGGGAGGAACAUCAAAUGGACCAAAUUUGGGAACUGGAAGAGCCGUUUAGGAGAUAUCACGUUUGUACUGAAGACUGGCCCACAGCCGGCCGAACGCACUCGGCCGGACAGGAAGGGUAUUGGCUUCGCUCGGCCUUCUCCAGGACCGAUCCGGCCGCACGACCGCACCGUCCGACCCGGGAGGCAAUGGACCACGAUCGACCGAGAUCAUCACAUCACGGCCGACCAGACCGUGCGACCCGGGAAGCAAAGAACCGCGCUCGACCCGAUCUCCGCGAACAAGAAGCCCACUUAUGCAGUUUUGACUUUUAUCAGCCCAAUUAACCUAAACCGACUUGUGAAGACCUAG